AUGGAUUAUGAACAUAAAGCCAAUUUGGUGGCUGAAUGUUUGCGGAGCUACAGGAACGACGAAUCUGGUUGGAAAGUCUGCAAAAAAUCGAAUGACGUGGUUGUGUCAUGGCGACCUUCAUCUGAAUUCCCUGGGAAUGUUUACAAAGGGGAUGGUGUUAUAAAUGGCAGCCUGGAAAAGGUAUGGGAAUGUCUGAAACCUGUACCAAAAGGACUCAGAGUCAAGUGGGACAAUAAUGUGAAAAAGUUUGAACUUUUGGAGCAGAUUAAUGAGGACAUCUCAAUCUGCCGAACAGUCACGCCCUCAGCAGCUUUGGGUAUCAUAGCUCCUCGAGACUUUGUGGAUGUCGUUUUAGUUCGACAAUAUGAAGAUGGCACAAUUUCAUCAAACGCUACUAACGUGAUUCAUCAGGGCUGCCCUAUUCAGUCUGGUUACGUGAGGGGAUUCAACCAUCCUUGUGGCUGCAUCUGUGUCCCCAUAGCAGGAGAGCCCAACAAAACCCAGGUCUUCACUUUCUUCCAGACAGACCUCGGUGGGUUACUUCCUCGCUCUGUGGUCGACUCCUUUUUCCCUUCCAGCAUGACAGAGUUCUAUAGCAAUCUGAUCAAAGCUGUUAAAUCACUCAAAGACCUUUGA